AUGUCGAUCGAGACUCCGCGAGGGCUCCCUUUCUCCGUCGAUACGUGGAGCCACGCCUCUAUGCUGAAGCGCCAUCAUUUCCUCACACAUGCCCACAAAGAUCACCUAUCUGGAAUUGCCGCCUUCUGCUCUUUCCGCACUCGCCUCACCAAAACCCUAGUGCGCCGCCAAUCUCCUCAGCUUGAGGAUUCUUUGUUUGUGGAGAUUGAGUUGGGUGAGUUAAUGGUUAUCAAAGAUCCGGAUGGGGAUUUUUCAGUGCGUGCUUUUGAUGCGAAUCAUUGUCCGGGUGCUGUUAUGUUCUUGUUUGAAGGUGAAUUUGGUAAUAUUCUGCAUACCGGGGAUUGCAGGUUAAACCCUGAGUGCCUGCAAAAUAUGCCUCUAAAGUAUGCCAAUAAGAAAGGGAAGGAUUGUAUCCUAGACUAUAUAUUUCUUGACUGUACCUUUGGCAGAUGCUCUAUUAAGAUUCCAAGCAAAAAAUUAGCCAUCGAACAGGUAAUAAAGGGCAUAUGGAAGCACCCAAAUGCAUCGGUAGUGUAUCUUGCUUGUGAUAUGCUUGGUCAGGAAGAUAUACUUGUUCAGGUGUCAAGGGCUUUUGGAUCCAAGAUAUAUGUUGAUGAAAUAAAAAACCCAGAUUGUUUUAAUGUUCUUUCACUAAUGGCUCCAGAAAUUCUUUCAAAAGAUGCUUCUUGUAGAUUCCAGGUCAGCUUUGAUUGUGUUUUUUGUCUGGACAACUGUUGGCGUCCCUUAUUCUCUUGUCUAAGGCUGUAUCCAAAGGCGAGUGAUGCUCCAGUUGUAUCUCUUUAUGAGAUGGUGAUUCUCCUCAAAGGGUCGACUGCCACCUCCUGGGACAACACCUUUGCAGUUCCCCUAUCGCUGCUUCUGCCCCAAACAGUUAUUCCCGGCUGUUUUGUUGUUGUUCCAGCCGUCCAACACCCUCCUCCCUGCAGUUUUGUAAUUGUUCCAGCCAUCAGGACAGCCCCCUUUUGUAACCUUACUGCUGUCCCUGCCUUUACGGGCCUUCCCAGCCACCACUCCCUACCUUCCCAAGUGCUGCCACCUCCAGAAUCUGCCUCCAUACGCUUCCCUCUUGCUAUCAUCAUCCAGGACAGCUGGUUAGCGUCGAUAUCUGCUGUGUUUGAAAUUCAGAAUCCAUAA